GCACGUGAUGACGCAUGACGUGUGCGGCGCUCCUUAUUGGCUAAAAGGAGACGUUCAGGUAGUAAAGCUGCAGCGGGACACAAACAAGAGACUGUUCACCAGCACUCACUGUACCCUGAGUAAUGCACAAAUCUAGUUAAGUUGUUUUAAUGAUCUACAACACGACGCCAGGGUAAACAUCUCUAUUUUUUGUUCCAGCGUCUCCAGCACAAGGUCCAGCAUGAGGCUGUGCUCCCCUCUUCUGCUGUGCCUGGCAGCAGUCCUGUCCUCUGCCUAUGUGAUCACACAUCCUCAUCAUCACCAUCAUCAUCAUGAAGAUGACAGCAUUUGGACAAAACUGAUUCUGACUCACCACUGGCCAAACACCUUCUGCAGUAUGGAGCACUGUAAGCCAAACAUUAGCUACUGGACACUACAUGGACUCUGGCCUGAUAAAGGCAUUGACUGCAAUUCAUCAUGGCAUUUCAACUCCUCUAAAAUAGAGGAUCUGCUUCCAGACAUGAGGAAGAGUUGGCCUGACUUGCUGAAACCCACUUCUAGUGAAUUCUGGAAGUAUGAGUGGCACAAACAUGGAACAUGUGCAGCCAAAGCAGAUUCUCUGAAUAGUCAACAUAAAUAUUUCAGCAAGGCACUGGAACUGUACCAUAAAGUGGAUUUGGACAGAGUCCUUAAGAAGUACAACAUCACCCCCUCAGAAGACUACUACAAAUUAUCACAAAUUGAAGACGCCAUAGAGAAGUCCUACAACGCCAAACCAAAGAUCCAGUGUGUCCACCAAUCAAGGAGAGAUGAUGUCCAGGUUUUGGGGCAGAUUGAGAUCUGUUUCGGCUCCGACUUCACCCUGCUGGACUGUGAGAGACAUUUUGCCAUAGACACAAAUGGGAAUGAUCUCAUGGAUGUUGACAGGCCGUCUGGGUUCAGUGUGUGUCAGCAUGAUGUGCCAGUUUACUACCCACCUCUCGCUAAAAGAAAUAAUCACACAAAAUAAAAAUAAAAACACACUACAACACUAUUUUCACACA